GUAAAGCGCGGAAGGUCGCAGGCCCCUGCGGUCCCGGAACUUUCAGUUAAGCGUCCCGUUCCCCUCCCCAUGCCCCGUCCCCCUUUCCGGCCCGCGCCGACCCUCUGUAGCUGUUGUGCUGUCCUCCACUUCCGCGGGGCGUUGCUGAACGCGCUCCCCGCACGGGCGGACCUCCGAGUUUGGAUUCUUUGGAUCUUCUCAGCUGAGACCCUAUCUCCCAGUUGGUGAUGCUUUACCGGUUGCUUUCGAUUGUCCAAAGACAAAGAACUAGCCCAGGAUGGCAGACCUGGUCAUCAGCAAGAAGCAGCACAUCCGCUGCCGAGGCACAUUCUAUUGCCCUGCCUGCCCAGGCCCAGGUGGUCAUCUGUGGGGGUGGAAUCAUGGGUACAUCCGUGGCCUAUCACCUCUCCAAAAUGGGGUGGCAGGAUAUUGUCCUUUUGGAGCAGGGCAGGCUGGCUGCUGGCUCGACAAGGUUCUGUGCUGGCAUCCUAAGCACUGCUAGGCAUUCAAGUAUUGAACAAAAGAUGGCAGACUAUUCAAACAAACUCUACCAUCAGUUAGAGCAAGAAACAGGGAUCCAAACAGGGUACUUAAGGACAGGCUCAAUCUCUCUGGCCCAAACUCAGGACCGGUUGAUCUCUCUGAAGCGCAUCAACUCAAGGCUGAAUGUUGUAGGUAUCCCUUCUGAGAUCAUCUCCCCGAAGAAAGUGGCUGAACUUCACCCUCUCCUCAAUGUGCAUGAUCUGGUGGGGGCCAUGCAUGUUCCCGAGGAUGCAGUGGUGUCCUCUGCUGAUGUGGCUCUUGCCCUGGCAAGUGCUGCCUCCCAGAAUGGUGUUCAGAUUUAUGAUCGGACAAGUGUUCUUCAUGUAUUGAUCAAAAAAGGUCGAGUUACUGGUGUGGAGACAGAUAAAGGACAGAUUGAAUGCCAGUAUUUUGUCAACUGUGCUGGUCAGUGGGCAUACGAGCUGGGUCUGUCCAACGAGGAGCCGGUUAGUAUCCCGCUACAUGCCUGUGAACACUUCUACCUUCUGACUCGUCCCUGGGAUACCCCUCUGCAGAGCAACACACCAACUAUUGUGGAUGCUGAUGGAAGAAUUUACAUCAGGAACUGGCAGGGUGGCAUAUUGUCUGGAGGCUUUGAGAAGAACCCAAAACCUAUUUUCACUGAGGGCAAGAACCAGUUGGAAAUUCAGAACCUGAGGGAAGAUUGGGAUCACUUUGAGCCCCUGUUGAGUUCCCUCCUGCGUAGGAUGCCAGUAUUGGAGACUCUGGAGAUUUUGAAGUUGGUGAAUUGCCCUGAGACCUUCACACCAGACAUGAAGUGCAUCAUGGGCGAGUCUCCUGUAGUACAGGGCUACUUUGUCCUGGCAGGGAUGAACUCUGCUGGCCUGUCGUUGGGUGGAGGAGCUGGAAAGUUCCUUGCUGAAUGGAUGGUCUAUGGUUAUCCCUCUGAAAAUGUCUGGGAAUUGGACUUGCAGCGCUUUGGAACCCUCCAGAGCAGCCGCACUUUUCUGCGCCACCGGGUCAUGGAAGUCAUGCCUCUGAUUUACGAUCUGAAGGUUCCCCGUUGGGACUUCCAGACUGGGAGGCAGUUACGUACAUCUCCUCUUUAUGACCGGCUAGAUGCUCAAGGAGCCAGAUGGAUGGAGAAGCAUGGAUUUGAGAGGCCAAAGUACUUUGUUCCACCCAAUAAGGGUAAGAAGUGUCUGUCUCUUAUGUGUGAACUGCCAAGUGUGUGCUGGGAAUUGACCCAGUCCACUGGGGACCAGGCAUUAGAAAGUCUGCAGUACCUUUUCUCCAAUGACCUGGAUGUGCCCGUAGGCCACAUUGUGCAUACUGGCAUGCUCAACGAGUAUGGAGGGUACGAAAAUGACUGCAGCAUUGCACGCCUGAACAAACGCAGUUUCUUCAUGAUCUCUCCAACUGACCAGCAGGUCCACUGUUGGGCCUGGCUUAAUAAAUACAUGCCGAAAGACAGCAACUUGCUGCUGGAGGAUGUCACCUGGAAAUACACAGCCCUCAAUCUGAUUGGCCCUCGGGCUGUGGAUGUGCUAUCUGAGUUGUCUUAUGCCCCUAUGACUCCAGACCACUUUCCAACUCUGUUCUGCAAGGAGAUGAGUGUGGGCUAUGCAAAUGGGAUCCGCGUGAUGAGCAUGACUCACACAGGAGAGCCGGGGUUCAUGCUGUAUAUCCCCAUAGAGUAUGCUCUGCAUGUCUACAAUGAGGUGAUGAGUGUUGGACAGAAGUAUGGAAUCCGGAAUGCUGGGUAUUAUGCUCUUCGAAGUCUCCGAAUUGAGAAGUUUUUUGCCUUCUGGGGACAAGACUUAAACACCCUCACCACUCCCAUGGAAUGUGGAGGAGAGUCUCGUGUGAAGUUAGAGAAGGGCAUAGAUUUCAUCGGCCGGGAUGCCCUGCUGCAGCAGAAGCAGAAUGGGGUGUAUAAACGCCUUGCUAUGUUCAUCUUGGAUGACCACGACACAGACAUAGACUUGUGGCCUUGGUGGGGAGAACCCAUUUACCGGAACGGGAAGUAUGCUGGCAAAACCACCAGUAGUGCCUAUAGCUACACUCUUGAGCGCCAUGUAUGCCUGGGUUAUGUACACAAUUUUUCUGAGGACAAUGGGGAAGAACAGGUGGUGACAACGGAUUUCAUCAACCGAGGAGAAUAUGAGAUCGACAUUGCAGGACAUCGGUUUCAGGCCAGGGCCAAGCUCUACCCUGUCACCUCCUUUUUUACUCACAAGCGUAGAAAGGAUGAUGUGGAGCUGAGUGACUUUCAUGGGAAGUAAUGCCAAGGCACUGUCCCUUCCUCCCAUUCUCUCACCAUGAGGAACAUCAUUCUGGGAGCUUUUUCCUUCGUCCCUGUCUUCUUACUGAAGGUAUCUUUGUCCCCUUGCUUUUCAGAUUGACCUACUUUAAACAUUUUCCUUGAAAGCCUUUUUUUGUCCUCCCAUUUCCUUUUCAUUUGCUGUUACCCCUCCUCACAAUCCAGGCUCUUCUCACCCCUCCAGCAGGCCAGUCCCACAGCGGAAGGCAGGAGCCACUUGUGGAGUUAAGGUGACAAACUGAUUUUUAGAUUCAUCUUAAGGCAAGUUGGUAUUAUUUCUUAGGGCAGAAUCCACCUCCCCUGGCCUGGGGUUCUUAGAGUAAUCUGCCAAUUUUGGUAGAUUACUGUGUCUGCAGUAGUCCUGGGAAUAGCUUGUAUUUUAAGAGGCAGAUGAUUCUAUUCCACUGAGCUGUAGGUACCACCUGAUACCUCUUAACCAUCUACCUCACUGAUGAGAGGGAUUGCAUGGACACUGCCUGCUCUGUGGAAGGGACAAGUAGUUAACCUGGUCCCCAGCCCUCCGACUUUUUCUUAGAUGUUUAGGCCAGGGCCACCUGUCUGCAAUAUUAUUUCUGCUAUUUUAUAUGAGGUUGUUUGUUUUUUAGCUGAGUAAACAAGUGUGCCAGUAUUUGAAAGGAAAAACAAACAAAACAAAACCCAUGUGCCUUUUGUGUUGCUUUUUCCAGCAGGGUGAACUCCAAGGCUGAGAAGUUGUUGCUUUUCUGUCAGCUACUCAUAGGUCAGCUAGCUAUCCUUGAUUUUCUUCAGAUGGCUUCUAGCCUCACUGUGCCUUGUGUAGUUUGCCCGUGACCUCAACAUUCAUGCCUAUCCCUUUAGAAGAGAGAGGAUUGUGUGGGUUGUCUUGGGUGAGGAAGUAAACCAUGCUGUUCAUACUGCGUUCCAGAGAGCUACCAGAGCCUCAGGCUUCCCACGGCUGGCAUGAACAAAGCCACGUACAGAUGGCCAUUGAGAGCUGUAAGUACAAUGCUCUUCUUUCCCGGCUCCCCACUCUGGCCCCAUAGAACCUCUGGAAUGGAAGUGCCUGGAGUACUCAUCAAAUGUGCACCUCACAUUUCAAGGGUACUGCUGUUUUCUUUCUGUGAUACGGUUUCUCAUUGGAGUUCAGGUUGGCCUCAAAUUUGCAGUGAUCUUGCCUGAGUCUCCUGAGUACUAGGAUUUCAGGUGUGGCGACAGGAUGUUUUCUGAAGGUGAAGCUUGGGUGGCAGGUUGUGCUAUAUAACACCAGCACUUAAAUUUUCUUCUAUAUACAAACUGACCUAGUCUGCACUUGAGAACCUUUAAUUCGACUGUAGUUCUCAGUAACUUGGAAACAUUGGUUCUGCUAGAUUUAUAUUACUAGAAACCUUUCAUUUCAUUAGAGCAGCUCAAAAAUCUCAAGUGUUUCUUUGUCAUUUCUGUGGAACCUGUUAUCUACUCACUGGUUCUUUUUAUACAUUGCUUGCUAUUUUCUCCAGCUAGGCCACUCUAUUUGGCUUCUGAGAAGAUUUUAACUGAUUUAUUAAAGGGCACACGAUUAGAAUUUGGUGUGAAGGGAAAUUGCUAUUUUGGAGAAAAUGUGUAUAACUCCGCUAGAAAGCUGAGCGCAGCAGCAGCGAGCUGUUGAGAUCAAGAGCAGCCCUGGCUGACCUGUGAAGAUGAAAGUAGAGAUGCACAGCUCCAGGGUCUGUGCUCUGAAAUAUGCUUGUAAGGCUGCACAGAAUGAAAGCUGCCUUCAAAUUGAAUACAGAUUUUGAGCAAACUUGCCCUUUUAACUUUUGGAAGUGUUACCACUUAAGUUCCAAAUUGGGGCAGGGGGCCUUCCAAAACAGUAAUAGUUUAAAAUUGGGUGUCAUCAAGAGUAUUUUCAGCAUAGACUGAUUUCUUCUCUGUACUUCUUAAUCUCUCGUUACUUAAUUAGCUGUCCUUUUUAAGUAGGAAGGAAAGUGCUAUAUUUAAAAUUCUAUAGCAACUUUUGGGCUAGAGAGAUGGCCCAGAGGUUAAGAGCACUGGCUGCUCUUCCAGAGGUCCUUAGUUCAAUUCCCAGCAAUCUGUAUGAGAUAUGGUGCCCUCUUCUGGCCUGUAGGAGUAUGUGCAGAAAGAACCCUGUAUGCAUAAUCAAUUGAUCUUUUAAAAAAUUAUAAACAAAAUUACAUAGCACCUUUCUUAGUGUUCAGCUAGAAGUCCUGGCUGUUGCUGAUAUCAACUUUUGAGCUUACAGACAGUGCUUGUCUUGCUGGGAAGGCAUGGGAGUGGGGCACACAGGGCUGUUUUGAAAUGCCUUCUCGGGGGAGGGUCACGGGCCUGUUCCUUCAACUGUGAUUAGGCAUUGGAUUUUGAGUUGCCACUUGUUUACUGUGUACCCCAAAACAAACUUAUAUUUGGCACUAAAUGUAUCCUUAGAAUUUCUCUUGGCCAUUCAAACAUAAGUAAUUGCAAAUCUGACACCCCCCCCCCCCCAUUUUGCCCUGAUAUAAGUGCUUUAAAUAGACUGUUCUCUUCUACUAAGCCUGCAGCUUUUCCUGUGCUUGGUGUCAUAAGCACCAUUUAACCUGAAACACCCAAUCCCCUCCCCCAGUGUUGAUAGAGCAUUCUGGGCUCCUCAGGAGUAAAUAAAUACAGGUUGUUAACAGAAAUGCUAGUCUAGAGCAGUGGCACUCAACCUGUGAACUGCAAUCCCAUUGGGGUCACCUAAGACUAUCGGAAAACAGACUACAUUGCAAUUCAUAACAGUAACAAAAUUACAUUUAUGAAGUGGCAAU